AUGCCAAGACCUAUUUACGUGCUUCUCAUCGAUUGCUUCCUUGGCCUAUCAAUCACGUACACCUUCCUAUUUGAGCAUGUGAGGGGUCAAAAAAAAACAAUUACCUUCGACAAAGAUUUCCACAAAAAUAAAAUCCACGUGAAAAACAGAAAGAAGUAUCUGUUUGUGUGCACACGUUCGUCCACAAAGGGAAAGAGGGUAUCUUCAAAAGGAUUCAUUUUGAAGCACCACAAGGUGAACCACCUACCAAGCCAAGCACCCAACCAAGGCGUUGCCCUGUUGGGAGCAAGCCGCAAGUCCUUCCCGGCAUUAAACAAAUUUAAAAUAUUCAGCAACGACAUUCGAAAGGACAAUGCUCCAAAUGAUGGGGAAGAUGGAGGAGAAAAUGAGCGGCAUAAUGAGCGGCAUAAUGAGCGGCAUAAUGAGCGGCAGAAUGAGCGGCAGAAUGGACAAAAUUUGAUGAGUGAAAAAAACGACAAGUGGAAAAAGUAUUAUGAGGAUAAGAGGAAGAAAGAAAUAUUGAAAGAUUUAGAUAGUACUGUGCGGAAAAGGGGGAAACGGGCGGUGGGCGGUAAUCCUGGGGGGGGAGACGACGCUGCGGGUGGAGGGGUGGCUGGCCGAGAUGGCGCCAAGGAGGAGGCGGGGGCCCAUCCCACAGGGGAAGAAGAUGGUAAAAGUGGAGAAGCGGGAGAAAAUCCCGACGAUUAUGACGGUUAUGACGAAUAUGACGAAGAUGAAGACGAUAACGACGAUAACGACGAUAACGACGAUGAGGAGGACGACGAAGGCUACGGCUACGGCUACGACUCGUACGACGCCGACGACGCCCAUGCACACCGCGGCGCACAGGACAAAAGGGACGCCCACCUGGAUUACCCCUACGAGCAGGGCGAAGCGCAAGGGGAAAACCUCUUCUUCGCGAAUAGUAGAAACGAAAAUGCACAUGGGAAAUUUUACGACGAUAGAAAGAACGGAUCCGCCUCCAACCCCCCCUCAAUAAACGAAAGCAUAAAUAAUAUCUUCUCAUCGAAAAGAACGACGAAAGAUUUCCCCCUAUUUUUCCCCCUGAACAAUAAUAAACCCUUCGAAAAUAGCAACAAUAAAUAUUUUGACAAAAUUUGCAGUAUCCCCCCAAAUGAACUGAUUAACCGAUUUUUUGAAAACACAUCCGAAAGGGUUAAAGAAGCCGUAAAAAAUAUCAUUUUUAACAUCAUUGGAAAUAUUCAAAAAUAUACCAUCGAAACGUCCAUUUUGAUUACCUACGACAAAAUUUACAACUUCCUCCUGCAAAUCAUCCUCACGGGGUACAUGAUAAAGAACGCCGAUUAUCGGCUGAGCCUUAAUGAGUCCCUGUACGACGAAAAUGGCAUUAUGAGCAGGAAGGAGGACGACUUCUUCAAUUUGAAAAAAUCCUUUUACGGCUUAUUUUCUGAUGCCCACAAGAGAAGUGGAGAGGAGACGCUCAACGCAAGUGAGUUAAGUGACCCGAAAAAUGGCAGUCCCCAUGUAACGAGCCAAGACGGGGAAGACAUGCAUAACAGCCCCAACCCUGAUGAGAAACCCCUAACCAGUAGUAACUUGCAGAAUCACCUAAACAAUGAUGAGGCCCCUGAUCAAGAUGGCAACCCGUAUAGUUAUGAAGAAGAGGGCCACCAAUUACCGCCCACAAGCGCAUCCUACACAAACGGCAAAGCUACCGAAGGUGAUAACUUCCCAAUAAUUAACACAAAAAAUUAUAUUAUAUUUUUAAGAAAAAAAAUUAAGUCUUUAGAAAUGCAAUUAAAAAAAUUAAAAGAAAAUAAAACCAUUUUAAACGACGAUUUACUUUCCUACAUAAAGUCACUGACAGACGUGCAGCUACGUUCACUGACAGAUAACAUUGGACCACUGGUCCUCGAUGCAACAAAGAAAAUUGUCGAGUUGGUAAUACAGGGCAUGACAUUGAACAUUAAUAAGAACUCGUCCAAUGAAUUAAUUUAUGUAAGUGGCUCUGUGCUCACUUACAUCUGCUUCUGGCAGCUGAUAAUCGGGUACACUCUCAGGGAGAUGGAAAUUCGCGAUGAACUCUCCGAUUAUCUCAAGGGCAACUAGCCGCCUGCCGGGGGCGAAAGCGCGCGCACAGAUGUACAUACGUAUCUGUGCGUGUACAUUUGUACAUACGUAUCCGUGCGUGCAUGUACACUCCCCUAUCGGUGAAGUGGGGGGGAGUUCCCACAUCUGGCGCAUCUGCGUGCUCUCGGGGGGGCUCCGCUCCGUGAAGGCUCUCCUUUUGUAUGCACUCUUGGCAGCUGACUCCUUGUCUCGCACCAUGUGACACUUCCCCAUUCGUGCCCCUUGUCGUGCUUGUGUGCUUCUUCACCUUGGCCCGUUGCGGGUGGGGGAAGCCCCUCUGCAUGCGCUGGCUGGUAU